AUGUUGCCAUUUCUCUUUCUCCUUCCUUUCAUUUCUCUCCUCAAAAUUUCCGCAGCCGCACCAGCGCGCGCCCACCUUGAGGAUCGGAGUGUCAGCGCCCUUUCCGCCGCUGACCUUGCCAGCCUCGCGCCAUACACUCAGUUUGCCCGUGCCGCGUAUUGCCCGACUAGCAAACUCAAUGGGUGGAAUUGUGGAACGAUUUGUAAGGCCCUACCCGGUUUUCAGCCAACCCUCAUUGGAGGGGAUGGGAAUGCCGUUCAAAUUUACUUCGUUGGGUUUUGGCCAGCUCAGAACACGAUCGUCGUCGCUCAUGAAGGCACAGAUCCUACGAAAUUCAUGUCCGUCCUCACUGAUGUCAACAUUCUCCUGUCCCCGCUUGAUAAUAAACUUUUCCCUGGAAUUUCUUCGAGUGUUCAAGUCCACGCUGGAUUCAGGGACGAGCAUGCUUUAACUGCUGCGAAGAUACUAGCCGAGGUCAAAAAUCUGAUGGCUUCCAAGAAUACGCAAAGUAUAACGCUUGUUGGACAUUCUCUUGGCGGCGUGUUAUCUACGCUCGACGGGAUAUACUUGAAGAUGAAUUUACCUGCGAGCACAUCAUUCAAGGUUGUCACUUAUGGCUUGCCUCGUAUCGGGAAUCCAGCAUUUGCCCAGCUUGUCAACUCCAUGCUUCCUGACCUUAGGCGUAUAAACAGCCAAAUGGACAUUGUACCCAUCGUUCCGGGAAGGUUCCUGGGCUAUUCUCAUCCUCAUGGGGAAAUCCAUCUUAUUUCUCCUGGGAAUGCUGUUGCAUGUUCUGGGGACGAUGACGCCACCGACUCCCAGUGUCAAAUCCAGUCUGUACCCAAUGUGCUAGCCGGGAACAUCUUAAAUCAUGUAAGUCUUCACCACGAUAUUGUCGUAGCGAGGAACGAACUCAUAGCUUUUGAAAGUUGGGACCUUAUGAGGGGCUUUACAUUGGCACGAUCUUCUGCGUCUGACGGAUUAACUCAAGCACUGUAA